CAUUGCAAUACAGUCUAUCAUGCCGGAACCCACAAGAUAUGCUAUUAUCAGGUUUUGCUUUUUUUUCAAAUCAAUAUGUAGCAAAGAAAUCAAGGUAGAAGAACUAGAUAAGUUGCAAGAAGAGCUUUGUGUGACACUGUGUCUGCUCGAGAAAUAUUUUCCCCCAUCCUUUUUCGAUAUUAUGAUUCAUUUAACUGUGCACCUUACUAGGGAGGUAAAAUUAUGCGGGCCAAUAUGCUUUCGGUGGAUGUAUCCCUUUGAAAGGUGCAUGAAGGUUAUUAAAGGGCAUGUGCGAAACAAAACUUAUCCAGAAGGAUGCAUUGCUGAGGAGAAUAUUGCAGAAGAAACAAUUGAGUUUUUCAGCGAAUACCAAAAAAACAUGAAGACUAUUGGCAUUCCACCAUAUAAGUAUAAGACAUCUGAAAAUGAUAACGGGGAAGGAAAUCCUUUGUCAGCCGGUAAACCAGUUCUAGUUUCUCCGGAACUCUCAUUGAAAGCACAUUUCUAUGUAUUGCAAAAUACGCCCGAAAUUGUGCCUUAUAUUGAACAACACAUGACCUUUUUGAAAAACCGACAUGGUGGUAAACCACAAGCGUGGCUGGAGAAAGAGCAUAACACAACGUUUGGUCACUGGUUACGUAACAAGGUAAUUUAAAUUUUAGCAUAAUAUU